CAACUUCUGCUGAAGAUGUUUUAUCAUAUUUCCCUGGAGCACGAGAUCCUGCUGCAUCCAUGCUACUUCGGUCCCAACUUACUCAACACGGUGAAGCAGAAGCUCUUUACUGAGGUGGAGGGGACCUGCAAGGGGAAGUAUGACUUUGUAAUUGCUGUCACCACCAUCGACAAUAUUGGUGCAGGUGAAAUCCAGCCAGGCCAAGGUUUUGAUCUUCAUACAGUUAAGUUCAAGGCUAUUGUUUUCCAGCCCUUUAAAGGUGAGGUGGUGGAUGCUGUGGUCACUCAGGUCAACAAGGUUGGACUUUUCACAGAAAUUGGGCCCAUGUCCUGCUUCAUCUCUCGACAUUCCAUCCCAUCAGAGAUGGAGUUUGAUCCAAACUCCAACCCACCUUGCUACAAGACAAUGGGUGAGGACAUUGUGAUUCAGCAGGAUGACGAGAUACGCUUGAAGAUUGUGGGGACACGUGUAGAUAAGAAUGACAUUUUUGCUAUUGGCUCUCCGAUGGAUGACUACUUGGGCCUCGUGAGCUGAGUAAGGAGCCUCCAGCCUUUUUUGGUCCUGAUUUAGAGAAUGUGACUUUCCUACUUGGUACAUCAUCUAGAGGUUCAGUCUGGACACUGUUAGAGAGGCAAGGAAAGUCCCUUGUCCCCAGAAG